UUACCGAUCCCGUUGACGACGUUCUUUGACGGUUUACGACCACGUGCGCCAUGGUUUAUUUCCACAUCAUGAGACCACCAUGAAAACCGCUAAAAUCAGACCAGCUGGCGACGGCCGAUAAGCCACCAUAAUGGAGAUAAAUCGAAAAGUGCAUCGGUUCGUGAAAGGAUGCGCCAUCCGGACCAAUCUUCGCGUUGCCCCCAUGAAAAAGCUUCUGCGCAAGGACGAGCUUCAAAAGCGGCUAUAAAAGCCCGCACGAGACUCGUCCGCUUUCCAGUCACGUUUAGAGCCGUCUUUCCAGUGACGAAAAAAAAAGAAAAAAGAAAUACGAGAGGAGCUACUUGAAUUACGUGCGCUUAUCAAGCCGAUAAAAGGAGAGAGAGGAUCAGUCACGGAAUUUUUUUCAACAUUUGGAAAAGAGAUUCCUAUUAAAUAGAUAGACUCAAAAAAAUAUACUGCUAUAAAUAGCAUACUUCUGGAAUAACGGGUUCUUAUUUGCUUGAUUGUAUUUCGAUCUUUCUCUUCUCGUUUAUAAAUCUAUAUUCAAAAUUUAAUGAUUAAAUCAAAAAAAUUUUAAAUUUUGAUUUAUAUUUUACUCUUUUUCGCGCUUUGUCUCUUUUAAUCAUAUUAUCUGAUAUUAAUUACACCAAAGGUAUUCUCUGAUUAUCGAGAAUUGACAGAUUACCACGCGUAAAUUUUCGAUAAAGGCAGAUCUUUGAUUUCUGGUCGAGUUUUUCGCAAAUAUAGUGGCUUCCUAUAUAUUCGAUCUCUCUUCACUCUAUCCAUCGAGAUCGAUGAUCAAGGAUGAUGUUGGGCGAUCUGAGAAACAUUCGCGUGAUCACCGUCGUGGUAGUCUAUCUUAGCCUCUUGCUGGAUAAUGUCCUGUUGACGGUAGUUGUGCCGAUUAUUCCCGAUUAUCUGUGCACACUCGACGCGAACACGACUGCAAACGCCGAGAAGGACGAAAACGGUCGAGUGGGAUUACUAUUGAGCUCGAAGGCUCUCGUUCAAUUAAUUUUGAAUCCUGCCGUGGGCACUCUCACCGGCACCCUGGGCUACGCCAGACCCUUGUUCCUAGGAAAUCUGAGCCUCUUGCUGGCUGCUUUACUGUUCGCUUUUGGACAAACGUACGAGAUACUGUUCUUGGCUCGGAGUAUUCAAGGUAUAGCCUCGGCAUGUAUAGCCGUCUCCGGCAUGUCUCUGGUCGCCUCUCAAUAUUCCAAAGAGGACGAAAGAUCUAAGAUUAUGGGUUUCGUCCUCGGCAGCAUCGCUCUGGGCGUUCUCCUGGGUUAUCCGAUCGGUUCUGUGCUUUACGAUCUCGAGGGAAAGAUGGCACCUUUUCUAUUAGUGUCUUGCUUCAUCGUUGUAAUAAUUUGUUUGCAAAUCUUGAUGUUAGACGUUCAGACAAGUGAGUAUGAACCAAACGAGCAACAAAGUACGUGGAUGCAUUUAUUAUCUAAUCCACAUAUCCUCAUUAUCGCCGGUGCUAUCUGGUGUUCGACAUCGCCCAUGGCGAUAUUAGAGCCUUGUCUGCCCAUUUGGCUUCGGACCCACAUAAGACCCAAGAAAUGGCAACUGGGCACGGUAUUCAUACCGGACAGCGUGGGCUAUUUAAUCGGGACCAACUUCUUUGGCGUGAUAGCGUAUCGUUACGGACGUAGUAAAGUGGCGAUUCUGGCUGUGUUUGUGGUCGGCGUUAGCGCCAUUCUCAUUCCGUCAGCCAACACAAUGUCACAAUUGAUAUUCCCGCAUCUGGCAAUGGGUUUGGGCAUCGGCGUCGCCGAUGCAGCUCUCGUGCCGUUGCUGGCCAGUUUGGUGGACCGAAAUGGCAAUUACGGACCCGUUUACUCGAUUCAACAAGUAGCUGUCAGUUUAGCUUACUCCUUAGGGCCCAUCUUGGGCAGCGAAAUGAUCAGAGCUAUCGGAUUCCCAUGGGUAAUGCGAGUCGUGGGUAUCAUGAACAUUGCGUACUGUCCAUUGCUGAUAUACCUCACGUUAGAACGGAAAAAGUUGUUGACCAAGAAGGAAGAAAAAAAGGAUUACGAUACGUUUCAAAAAUCCAUCGCGCCCUACGAAAGAUUUCACGAUUCCGACGACGAUCUUUGACGAGAUAUUGCGUUCGUCGAUCAUUAGUUAAUUAUGACAAGCCAUUAUUCUCGUUUCAAUAGACAACCGCGUGGCGUUAAAUAUCGUUAAAUUCGCUUUUAGACACUUCGCGGGCUAGCGUCUAGUAAUGUUAUUGUGUCCCCAAUUAAGCGAGUCAUGCAGAACCGGGUCCUCGUUGUAACUGGUAAACCAAGUGAAUUAUUGAUGGAACAGCAUCCCCGAGACAGUCGUUCGUGGUACGGCGACGUUCCUCGGAUCGAAGAGCAGGAAUCCGCUGAAUCCGAGACACGGUGAAUACACGAGACGGACAAGAAACGCGCGCUUCCGAUGACGGAAAACGACGAUCGAUCGAUCGUACGACGCGACGCAGCCUCCUGAAAGCUUAUUAAUGCACUCAAUCUACAGCGAAAUUCAUUUACGUUGCAUUAAGGGUCUCGCCAUCUGCCACGGGCAUUGAGACCCGUCAUUAGUUUAGGUAGAUCGCAAUAGUACUUCAUCAACGAUCGUCUCACGAUCCUUUGUGUCCAAAAUCAAAUGCUACAAUUCUAAGAAAAAUUCGAGCGCAGAAUUUUGAAAAACGUAAUAAAUCUAAAAAUAAAUAAUUUAUUCGCAUCUGCAAACGUAGAUGAAGAAAUUCUACAAAAUUUUUGUACUCUUAAUAUUUGGAUCCCUUUUAUGUUUAAGUUAUAGUAUUCAAUUAUUCUGCUAAAAUAAUUUUAAUUGCACAUGCAAAAUUAGAGAGACAGAGAAACAUUUUACACAAAACAUACACAUACAUAUAUACAUAUAUAAUCUAUAUAUAUACGCUUUCUUUCUGAUAUAACAUUUCUCCGAGGAUUAUGAAAUUAUUCAUUACGAAAUAUAAACUUGCUCUUUCAUUUAUUGUUAUUUAUCGUUAGUGAACUUAUACACUGUACUUUGUUGUCGGUAUAUAAACUGAAUUGGAUCUUAUUCCCGAUCUAAAAUAUAAUUUUGUCCCAACCGUAUUAUCCGCUGAAUAACCUAAUGAUUUUUCGGUUUGUCCAAUAAAGAAACGUAAAUAUUGAUCGUAGGAAAGUUCAAACGUAUAGAUAAAUCCCGGUUGUUUUCCUCGAGAAAAUCGGAGGCAGUAACGUAAACAGGAUAAGAGAGAGGCGAUGGUACCGUCGAAGGGAUUUCUAAUCGGAGAACGUGGCGCAAGAAGAGACGAAAUGGGGCGUAACUUUGCGCCCUGGGGUUUAUUCGGUGAACAACGCCGAUCGUCAUUAGCAGGGGUGUUGGAUUAAUCGGGCCGCCGCCUCCGCCGCCGCAAGGGAAGCUAAAUGCGAUCCCGUAAAGGACGUACGUGCGUACGCACGCGGAUCUUUCUAAAAAUGAAGUGUCCCCUCCUUGGGAACUUUGUACACCAAUUUGUGGCACCCUGUUGAAUUAUUAAUAACGUACAAUUAAUCAAUUAAUCAAUGUUGAGUUACCGCUACGAAAUUGUAUGCCGUUGUAACAAAUAUUCUCUCUCUACCUUAUCAAUGUUUCAAUGUAAUCCUAAUUAUCCUCUACUCUGAAAAAAAAACGUCUAUUUCUGUUGCAAAGUAGAUAAUAAAACAGAU